AUGUCUCAUAUUAUGCAAGAAAUCUCUAAACUUUUUGAAUAAUUCAAAAAGGCUAAGAAUUAAGAGAGUGAGCGCUUAGCAGCCGAUUUGCAGCAGCUUUAUUUAAAAAAUAAUUAAUAUUAUGAUGAAAUUUAUCAUGGGCUCAUUAAGUUAAUAAAUAGCAAUGAUAUAAAUGAAAAAUAUAAUAGUUUAAUAGGAAUUGAAUAGAUAUCAUAUGUUGUGCAGGAAGAUUAAUAUUUGAAUUUAUGGAGCAAGUUUAAUUCUUUAGUAUUUUAGCUUUUAGAAUAAACAGGAGAUGAAAAAGUUAUUAAAAAAUCAGCAGAAGUUUAUGGUAGGCUACUCCGUUUAGGAGGUACUCGUAUUACGAACCUUCUGACUGAUUAGAUUUAAAAACCUAUACAUUGGAUCUUUAAAAAUUCAGGUGAUAAUAAAAAAUUCUCUGGGUUGCUAGUUUUAAAGGAACUUCUAGAGUAAGCUUCUUUCGUUACAUUCAAGCAAUUUAUAAGCAAUACAGAAGACUAUAGAACAAAUCUAUGGAAUCUUAUCAAACAUAAAACAACUCUUCUUAGAGAAGCAGCUUUGAGCUUUUUUGAUGUGUUAUUAAAGCAAAUAAGUCUAAAAGAAUAGGACAUACAAGACAGAGAAUAUAACACAUUUUUUACUGAUAUUUGCUAGUCUAUGAAUGCUAGAUAAGAGGAAGUUGUUAUAGGUAAUAUAUCUGCUCUAAAAAUUCUAGUUACCUAUCCUAAUUCUGAAUAAUUCAAUGAUUAACAGUUUUCACAAAUGUGUAUGUAUGUAUUAAGUAAAAAAGAUGAAAAUUCUAAUAUCCAAAAAACUGUAAUUGAAGCUCUUCCCGCAUUAGCCAAAUUUAAGAAGUAAGCAUUUGCUGAAAAAUUCUUUAUAAAAACCACAGAGUUCCUUCUAUAGCGUAUCAACCCUCCAAAAGCAAAAUCAAUUACUCAUGAAUUAAUUGUUAGCUACUAUGACACUUUAAAUAAAAUUUCAUAGUGUAUAGAUUCUACCAUAUAUGCUAAGCUACCUGAAAACAUGAAAGAUCUCGUUUUUUAAAGCAUAUAAAACAUAACACGCUAAAUACGUUAAGAUUUACAAGAAAAGAAGCCCUACAUUUCCUUCAGAAUAUAAUGCUUGAUGUCAAUCAUAAAGAAUUUUUAGCAUAAAUAUCAAGAUCUCAUAAACGAUGAAGACUUACUGAUAAACAAUAUUCUAUUCAAUGGAUUAUAUCCUUAGAGUAUCGAAUUUCUUAAACACAUUCAGAAAUACAAUAGAAAAGAGAGAACAAGAACAGAAGUUUCUUCAUCAAUUUAAUAUAGACUGCUUCUUUGUAUCAUCACUAUUCUUUCAAAACAUAAAAACUUAUUCCCUCAAAGCUUAAAUCCGAACAAUGACAAGGAUAAAAAUUUCUACCAAAAGUUAAUUUUAAAUACAGAUAAAACACUUUCAACUGAUGAAAAAGCUAUAGCUAAUGCCAUAUAAACUCUUUCAACAUUCGGCUUUAGCAAUUACGAAAAUGAAUUAGCAAAUUUUGUUAAGGAUAAUGUUUUAGAUUAUUUAGAUAAUAAGAAUAAAAACAUACGUAAAGCAGCAGCCAAAGCAGGUUGCCUUUUAUACGUCAAAAAGGAGAGAGGAUAGUCGAUAUCUAAGAAUAUUAUGUAUGAGAUUCUAGAAAAAUUUAUGAGCGUUGCAAUCUCUGACUCAGAAGAUGAAAUUAGACAAACUAUGCUUAAGAGUUUAAAUGAAAAUUUUGACUAAUACCUAAAUGAACCCAACUAUCUUAAAAAAUUGUUCUUGUGUGUUAAUGAUAGCAAUACAUAGGUUUAAUAAUUAGUUUUAACAAUCCUUUGCAGACUUUCAAGAUAUAAUCCUUCUGAUAUCAUUCCUUUCUUAAAAAAGACUCUUUUUGAAUUUCUGUCCUAACUUAAAAUAAAUAAUCUUGAGAAUGAAAAGCAAAUGAUUAAUCUAUUAAGUUCUUUAACUUGCUUGAUAAAAAAUGGACCAGAGUUAGUUAGACCACACUCAUAAUCUAUUGCUAAUAUUCUCUUGAAUUUCUUGAAAGAUUAAAAAAUAACAAAUAAUAUGAUUCCAGAGCUUCUUAAAACCUUCAGUCAGUUAAGCUCACUCGGAGAUAAUACGAUUUUACUCUAUAUGGAUGAAAUAUUCCCUAUUUUCCUAUAGGCUAUGUAAGACAAAUCCUCUACUGCUAAGAGAGAAGCUGCAGUAAAAUCACUUGUGGAUAUUUUGAAAUAUACUGGAUUUGUUGUACUUCCAUAUUAUAAAUAUCCUAGUUUUUUGGAGAUUAUUCUUUCUUUGAUGAAGAAUGAAGUAAAUGUUGAGAUGAGACAAUAGUGCAUGAGAUUGAUAGGCUGUCUCGGUGCUAUUGAUUACUUUUAUUACAAGAAAGUCUCUGACAAAGUUAGGAAUAGACUCACUGCUUCACCUUCUUAAGAUAAUAGAUAACUUAUUAAUGAUAUCAUUAAGGUUUCCUUGAAAAAAAAAUUCAAAUACUUUAAAAAGUUAAGCGCUGCAAAGUAGCAAGAAAGCUCUUCAAUACUAACUAAAUAGCUUCACUAAUAUUAUGAAGAUAUUAUUUUGCUAGAAAAUUUUAAAUAGAAAAAAAUGUAUUUAAAACUAUCAAACAUAUAAGCAGAGAUUGAUUACAACCUAGAAGGCGCUAAUAGUUUAAAUAUAUAUCAAUAGCCUUAAAAGAAAGAUAACAGAUUUAGAGAUCAAAAUAUGAUUGAGAAAUUAUAUUCUAAACAAGAAAUUGAUGAAGAAAUUAAAAUGUUAUUGCAAUCUCCAACAGUCAUUUCUUUAACCGAUGAAGACUAUUAUUCCAAAAUAACUAUCAAAGCACUUUUGAAAAUUUUGUGCGACUAAUCUUUAAAUGAGCACCAUAGCUUAGCAGUUCAAACUCUAAGUUGCAUAAUAGGUGUGCUAUAAACAAGAACAAAAAAUUUCUUAGAUCUUUUAAUUCCCAUAUUUAUUAAGAUAGUGCGCUAAGAUAUGCUUAGAGAUCGUGAAAACAUCUUGCAAUUGAUUCAAAAAAUAAUUUUGAAUUGUGGUAGAUAUUAUGAUUAAGAAUAUUUAGAUCCAAUUCUCAAUGUAUUCCUUGAAUUUGGAUAAGAUCCUUAAUAUUAUAAAAUAUGCUUCUCAAUCCUCGAGAAUUUAAUUGAAUUUUAGAAGAGAAAUCUUAGACAUUACAUUGAGCCUAUUAUCAGAUUAAUCAACAAUGUUAUCUAUAAACCUCAAAUUGAUGAAUCAACAGUUUUGCAGGUCAUAAAAAUCUACACUCUACUUGCUGAGCUAUUGGACUCAAAUCUCCAUCUGAUCGUACCUUUCCUUUGCAAUUAUAUUAGUAAAGAUACCUCAUAAACCAAGACUAAAGUAAAAUCAGAAAUCAUAAAUUUGUUUAACUGUUUCGCUAAUUCUUGCUGUUCAACAGUCUAAUUCCUUUCUCUUAUUGUGGAUUCUAUUUUGAUAAAUUUAGAAUAAAGCAAAGAUGCCAAGUUUAUCAAUGAGUGCAUGAACACAGUUGUUGUUUUUAUUUACAUUCACAAGAAUCAGUUUUUAGUGUAUUUGACAAAGCUGAAUUACGUUGUCAAAUAAAAAAAUAUUUAACACAUUGCAUACCAAAAAUGUGUAGACAUAUUCUUAAAUAAUGGUAAUUUAGACGAUGUCUCAUCUUAAAUAGAGCCAGAAUUUUAAAAAAUUGUUGGUGAAAUUAAAACAGACUAGCCUCCUUAGUAGUAAGAGCUAUUCAAUAGUUUGUUAAGAAAGAUUGAUAGCGAUAAAUUAGCUUAGGUCUUUUCUACAUCAAGUAAUACUUCAAAGGAAGAUUGGAACUAAUGGAUUAGGAAGACUUCAGUUGAGCUGUUAAAUAAAUCACCAAACUUUGUAUUAACUCACUGCAAAGAGUUAGCAGAAAUUUAUGAAGAACUUUAAGCAGAGCUUUUUAAUAUUUCGUUUGUAUGUGUUUGGAGUCAGUUGAAAGACCACAAUAAAACUUUUAUAAAAGAAUAAUUCUCAAAAGCUAUUAACCCAGAGAAUAAUGUCCCUAUCAACAUUCUAUAAACAAUCCUUAAUUUAACAGAAUUUAUGUAGCAUGAUAAAGAGGGUAUCCCUAUUGAAAAUACAAUUCUUGGUGAUUUAGCUGAAAGAUGUCUCGCAUAUGCAAAGGCUCUUUAUUUCAGAGAAAAUGAAUUUGAAACAGCAAACAUUUAAAUUAUUGAAAGCUUAAUCUCACUUUAUACUAAUUUAGGAUAAAGAGAAGCUGCUAAAGGUUUGCUUCAGAAUGUUUAACAAUAAUUGAGAUUAGAUGUUAAUGAGAGUUGGUAUGAAAGAUUGCAUUAGUGGGAAUAUGCUCUUGAUGAUUACAGAGUAAGACAAUUAAAUAUUCCAGAGUAGAGUUUCUUUGUUCCUAAAAUGAGGUGCCUUAAUGCCCUCUCAGAUUGGGAAUAACUAAUUAAAAAUACUUAAGAAGAAAAUAACCCUGAACACAGAAAGCAAGUUAUGCAUCUUGCUGCUAAUGCUGCCAUGAAUUUAGGAAAUUGGGAACUACUUGAGAAUUUUUGUGAUAACCUACCUGAAGAAAACAGCUAAGAUAAAUAAUUCUGGUAAGCAGCUAUCUCUAUUUCUAAAGGCUAAUAUGAAGAAGCUAAGAAUUUAAUAUCUGAAUCUAUCAACAAAUUAGAUAGUUAAGUCAGUGGUUUAUUGUUGGAAAGUUAUAGCAGAGCUUACGAAAGUAUCCUAAGACUCCAGCAACUCUUCGAAAUGCAAGAAAUCAUUGAUAUUAAAGAAUUUGAAGAGAAAGUAAAUAGUACUGCAAAUCGUGAAGGGCUGAUUAAAGGUAUUUAAGAUGCAGAAAUUGAACAAAAGAGAAAGCAAUUAAGAGAUAUAUGGGCUGAUAGAUUAUAUGGUAAUCCUAAGGAUAUUGAUACUUGGUAGAAAAUUUUAUCUGUUAGAUAGCUAUACCUAUCUAAAAAAGAUGAUUUAAAUACAUGGCUAAAAUUCUGCAGACUUGCACUCAAAAACAACUAAAUGCAUAUAUGUAAGAAGACUUUAGAAGAAUUAUACUUGGAGUAUAAUAAAGACUCUUAACUAAUGCCAGCAUAACUUCAAUUAGCUGAUUUAGAAUGUAAUUAUCAAAUGAGUAUUACUAAGGAAAAAGAGAUUUGCGAAAAAAUGGAAGAAAUUCUUUAAUCUGAAAAUAAGAUAGAUAACAAAUUGACUGCCAAAAUGUACUUAAAGAUGGGUAAUUGGAUAAGAGAUAAGACUGAUGAGCUUAACUCGUUUAACAUGAAAAAAAUCGGAGAAUUUUACUAAAAAGCAAAAGAUUUUAAGCCUGAUUAUUACAAAACAUGGCAUCAUUUUGGUCUUCUCAAUUUUGAUGCUAUUAACAUGAAAUAAGAUGACACAAUUAUUGAGUAAAAGAGAGUUUAUAUUAAGAAUGCUUUAGAAGGAUUUAUGAGAAGUAUUACUCUAGGAACUUCCUCAGAGCAUAAAUCUCCUUAUAUUCUUUAAGACUCUUUGAGACUGCUUUCUAUUAUAUUUGAGUAUGGAGAUUUGGAGGAUAUUCACAACAAAUUUUUAGAGGACUUUAAAUAAAUUGAUAAUCGUGCAUGGAUUGAAGUCGUCCCUUAAAUUAUUGCUCGUCUUUCUACUACAAAAAAGAGUGUUUAACAUUUAUUGCACUCUCUUUUAACUCACAUCGCUUAGUAGCAUCCUUAAGCUCUUAUAUAUCCUCUAACAGUAGCUUUGAAGUCAAAAAUUCAAAUUAGACAAUAAGCCGCAAGCAAAAUUAUUGAAAAUAUCAAAACUCAUUCACCUUUGCUCAUAAACUAAGCACUCUUAAUUUCAUAAGAAUUAAACCGUACAGCUAUUUUGAUAAAAGAACAAUGGCUUGAAGGAAUCAAAGAAGCUUGGGAGAGAUACACAAUUGAUAAGGGUGCACAUACUCAUCUAAUAAAAAUUUUGUAGGGACUUCACGAGAUGAUGAAAGUUCCUCCAGAAUCAUUGAGUGAAAUUUCCUUCCACUAAAACUUUGGAGGUGAAAUCUUCGAAGCCGAAUCAUGGUUGGAAAGAUAUAAAAUAACAGAGGAUGCUAUUUGUCUGUGCUAAGCAUUUGAUAUUUAUUACCGCAUUUACUCAAAGCUUGAUGUUUAAUUAAAAAAGCUAGAAUUUGUUUAUUUAGAAAAUGUAUCACCUAAGCUAUUAGAAACAAAGAAUUGUGAAGUCUCUAUUCCAGGCUUGUACAAACCAACUAGACCAAUUGUAAAAAUAUCAUGCUUUUAGCCAAAAUUGGAAGUAUUAUUCUCCAAAAUGAAUCCCAGAAAAUUAUUUGUGUAUGGAUCCGAUUCUAAAGAAUACCACUUCUUAUUAAAAGGUCGUGAAGAUAUACGUUAAGAUGAAAGAGUUAUGCAGCUUUUCGCUUUGAUAAAUCGUUUACUUCACAACAAUCCCGAAACAGAAAAGAAAGACUUAAACAUUUAAAGAUAUUCAAUUAUUCCUCUUUCUAUUAACACAGGUUUACUUGGUUGGGUUCAUAAUUGCGAUACUCUUUAGGUCCUUAUCAGAGAAUACAGAAAGGCAUAUCAUAUUAGAGAAAAUCCUGAAUACAACUUGAUGGAGUAAAAAUGUUCUAAUUACAGUGUUUUGCCUCUUCCUAACAAAGUUGAAAUUUUCAGAUACAUUAUGGAAAACACGAAAGGAGAGGAGCUUAAAAAAAUCUUAUGGUUAAAAAGUCCAAAUUCAGAAAUUUGGUUAGAAAGAAGAACCAACUACACAAGAUCUCUUGCUACAAUGUCUAUAGCUGGUUAUAUUCUAGGUUUAGGAGAUCGCCAUCCUUCAAAUAUUAUGCUUUAGAGAUAUACAGGAAAAAUUGUGCACAUUGACUUUGGUGACUGCUUUGAAGUAGCUAUGAGAAGAGAAAAAUUCCCAGAAAAGGUUCCAUUUAGAUUAACUAGAAUGCUCGUCAAUGCUAUGGAAGCCUGUUAAAUAGAAGGAAACUAUAGAAAUACUUGUGAGCUAGUAUUAAAGGUAAUUAGAGAAAACAAAGAAAGUCUAAUUGCAGUUUUGGAAGCUUUUGUCUAUGAUCCACUAUUUUACUGGAGAUUAAUAACAAUAUCUGGUGAAGAAUAAGGUGAUAAAGCCAAUGAGAAAAAAGAAAAAGGAGAUGCAGUAUACCAGGCUAACAAAAAGAGAGAGUCCAGACCUUAAAGUUUGCUUGAAGUAAGCAUGGUAAACUAGGUGAGCUAUGUUGGUAGUAUUAUAUAACAAGGAACAAGCUAGGCGAUAUAAAAAUAUAUCAAGAAAGCAUAAAAAAGCAAAAUAAAUAAUUAAAAUGAUAUUGAUAGAGCAUAGUCUCCUAAAAAUAGAGAAAAAGAUAUUUAAGAAAAAUAUUACAAUGAAGAAAAAGAAUAACCAUAAGAAAAUCUAAAUAAAAAAGCCGUUGAAGUUAUGGAUCGUAUUAAGAAAAAGCUUAAUGGUAAAGAUUUCUAAGAAAAUGAAUCACUAACAUACACUGAAUAAGUUAGUAAGCUAAUUAAUCAAGCUACAUCUCAUGAAAAUAUUUGCUAGGCUUAUAUUGGGUGGUGUCCAUUUUGGUGA